GGUUUGUGGAGUGUUCCGGCAGUGCUGUCAUUCAUAGCGUGGUGCAUAUCGAGCUUCCUCUGCCUAUUCAUGAACAAGUACACUCUCUCCACUUUGGGAGUAGAGGCAUUUUUUUUCUCUUUGAUUCAGAUAGCAGUGAGUGUGGUGCUUGGCUUCAUAAACAUGUACAUCCCUUGCUACAUGGGCAAACCUACUAAGGAUUGGGGCAGGAGGUCUCAGAAGUUUUACACCAGCAUGGGAUUUGUGGGUAUUAGUAGGUUUUUGGUGGUUUUUCUGAGUUUGCUCUCACUUGAAUAUGUGGCAGUGUCUUUCACAGAAACAGUCAAGAGUUCGGCGCCACUGUUCACAGUUGUCAUAUCCUGGCUGGUAGUUGGCGAGAGAAAUGGCCUACCUGUUCUCCUGUCUCUCAUCCCUAUAAUGUUAGGUUUGAUGAUGUGCACGCACUAUGAAGCCAGCUACAACAUGAUGGGAUUCAUGGCUGCCAUGGGAACCAACCUGGCUGAAUGUCUGCAGUUUGUCCUCUCUAAAAAAGCCUUGAGUACUGACAUCACGAAGACAACACCUGCAGAAUUUCAGUUCUACAGCUGUUUAGCAUCAACAGUCAUUCAACUACCAAUAUGUCUCUUCUUCAUGGACUACUCAACUGCCUUCGACAGCACGACGAUGCUGACGUUUGCAUGGAUGCUGGUCAAUGGACUCAUGUAUCACGUGCAGACGAUGACUGCCUGGGUCCUUAUGGAGUAUGUCAGUCCUGUCACUCACAGUGUAUGCAACACGGUGAAGAGAGCAAUGGCGAUCUGGCUGUCCAUCUACUUCUACGGCAACCCGGUGACCUUCUUGGGUGGGGUGGGCACUGUGGUGGUCAUCCUUGGAGUCCUAUUCUACAACAAAGCCAGGGAGCAUGAACAAAAUUCCUUCAAA